AUGGAACAGCGGUAUUCGAGGUCCCGUCCAUCCCCGGAUGUCUGCCCUUUAGUAAAAAGCGCGUCGGCGUUUAAGAAGAGAGAGGAUUGGCGCAGACGGUGCUGGUGUAGCCUGUUCGUCCUUAGAAUGACAGUCGUGCAGGCUAGCCCUGAAAAGGAAUAUCGCAUAUCAUGUUCGGCUGCUGAUGAUGUCGGGUCGAGGUUAGUCCUGAAAAGGACUAACGCAUAUCAUGUGGCCAGGCGAUCUUUUCCGUGGGUAUUCACGAUAGCCCAAGUUCGAACCCCAAUCCUAGGAGCGGAUUUCCUCGCCCACUUUAACUUGUCCGUUAAUAUGUCUUCCCUUUCUUUGGAGGAUAAAACGACCAACAUUACAAGGAAAGGAAUUACAUCUAUUUAUAGGAGCACAUGUAUCAGUGCAACUCUACCUGAAGCCAACGGAAUGCAGGAUCUGUUACAAAAAUAUUCUCAAAUUACAACACCAUUCCGGUAUACAGAAACCGUUCGUCACAAUGCUGAGCACCACAUUGAUACUACGGGCCCACCCACGCAUUCAUCUCCACGGCGAUUGAGGCCUGAUAAAUAUAAACUGGCGAAAGACGAGUUUCAGCACAUGCUGGACCUCGGUAUAAUUAAACCUUCUUCGAGUCCUUACUCAUCUCCUCUUCAUAUGGUUCCAAAACCGGACUCAGGAGCUUGGAGACCUUGUGGCGACUUCCGGAAGCUGAAUGCUACUACAAUUCCGGAUAAAUACCCCAUCCCGCACUUGCACGAUUUUCGCAGUGGGUCUGCAGGGCGCCACAGUCUUCACCAAACUUGA